AUGACGUCGUACUUGGUCUUCUUGGCUUGCAUCAUCAGAUCUUCGAUGGCCGCUUCCGAUGCAAGCGUACCUGCACCAGAGCCGCUGAAGGCUCGAAUCCUUGUUCUCGAGAAGGAGCUUCAUACAUCAACGUACUUUCCCAGUACCCGAACUGUUCCAGCUAAUUCAUCGUUUCGACUUCCUUGUUUGAAGGACGCUUGGGGGCAACCGAUUCCGUCCGAGUUGAGGAUAAGGCAAGAAGAUUUCCUCAGGCAGAAGCAACAACGAUACAGAGACGGGAGUCCUAUCUGGAAGAUGGGGGAACUUGCUGCCCCUCUAGAGGGUAUUCAGGAGUCGCUGGUUACUCCUUUGGAGACAACCCAGUUCCAAAUGAUGAGACUGCUUCAAAUGAACAAGGAGCGAAUAAAUGAACAAGAGAAAUCGGUACUCGAUCAUUUGGAAACGCGAUACCGUGACACUAUCUACGGAUCUACUGAAUCCCUCAUAUCUGCGCAUCGUAGCAUCAGUCUACCAGUUUUCAACGAAUCCGAUCUUGAUAUUGUGAAGCAUGGAGGUCAUUUACCAACUGCAAAGAAGGUAUAUGUGAAGGAAGAAGUAUUGGAUAAUGAAAAGAGUGUUAAACCAAGCAAUGAAACAACUGGAUCUUCAAACGAAUUACCAAGUGCUUUCAGCCUACUAUCUCCGCUACUUGUCCCACUCGACAUUUCUUCGUCGGAGUUGAUGGAAAUGUGUUCAAGAAGAAUCGAUCGUCCCUCUGAAUUCAAACCUAUCUUCUGUGAGAAAGUCCCUUCACCUCAGACACCAGAUGCUCCUGAUCUCAAGCUGGAGUGCUCGCCUCCUUCAAUGAAUACCGCCCUUCUUCGACCGACUCCACUUGUGGUCGUAGAAUCAAGGAAGGAUGCCCAAGCUCCUGAACUACAAAGAUUUUGCGAAAGCGCCCCACUGGCGCUUAUUCGCGGGCUUACGGGUGUCCUUAAAAUGGAUCUGAGCUUGUUCUCAACAAAAACGCUCUUGGAAGUAGCGCCAGAUCACGAAGUUGAGGUUCGAACCCAGUAUAGGAUGCCUUGCAGUAUGAACGUCGACCAUUUGGGCCAGCCUACCUGGGAAUGUAUGAGCACCCGAUCUUUCACCACGGUAUUGAAGUACGCUCAGUAUCAGGCCGAAACGUUCAAACAUUCCUUAAAAGAAGAGGCAGAAAAGUUGCGUUCUGCUGGUGCUAAGUACGCACAACAAGUUGCUGAGUCUGCAGGAGUCAAGAGAAGACGAGGUGUAAAUGGCGACGAUUGCGCGAUGCCUUUGAAGAUGCUGAAAUUUGGUACUAACGUCGACCUUUCGGAUGACGUCAAAUGGAAGGCUCAAAUUCAAGAGCUGUCCAAGAUGCCUCCGUUCUGCCGCAUCAUCGCUGGUUGCAAUAUGCUUUCUCAUUUGGGUCAUACCGUCUUGGGAAUGAACACUACACAGCUCUACAUGAAGAUACUUAGAUGGCCCGUCUUCACUGGACGUGCGGGCACCAGCAUCUCUUCCACUCGUUUCGUUCCCUCGCCAUUGUCAUCCAAGAUGUUCUCAAGCUUCGUGAGUGACGUUGACGAGGUCCUUGAGCCGUAUCCAGCUGAGCCCUCAGCUGGUCCAUCCGUGUAG